AUGAAUCUAAAUAAUAUUAUAAAUUCAUUGGUUAGUAAUGAAUUACUUUAUAAUAAGAGUUUAGAAUCAUAUCUUAAUCAAAACGAAACAUGCAGCAAUAUAAUAGAAUCACAAUUCAGUAAUAAAUCUUUAUAUGAUAAGAGCUUAAAAGCAUCAUUUAGUAAUGAAUCUUUAUAUAAUAAGAGCUUAGAAGCAUCGUUCAGUAAUGAAUCUUUAUAUAAUAAAAGCUUAGAAGCAUUAUUUAGUAAUGAAUCUUUAUAUAAUAAGAGCUUAGAAGCAUCGUUCAGUAAUGAAUCUUUAUAUAAUAAGAGCUUAGAAGUAUCGUUUAGUAAUGAAUUUUUAUAUAAUAAUAGCUUAGAAGCAUCAUUCUAUAAUGAACCUUUAUAUAAUGAAAGCUUAGAAUCAUCAUUUAAUAAUGAAUCUUCAUAUUAUGAGAGCUUAGAAAUAUUAUUUAGUAAUGAACCUUUAUAUAAUAAAGACUUGAAAUUAGCAUUUAGCUAUAAACCUUUAUAUAACGAAGACUUGGAACCACAUUUAGCCAUGAACCUUUAUAUAAUAAAGACUUGGAAUCAGCAUUUAGCUAUGAACCUUUAUAUAAUGAAGACUUGGAAUCAGUAUUUAGCCAUGAACCUUUAUAUAACAAAGACUUAG